UCGGCAGGUGAACGGCGCGUCGACACGUUGUAGUGGAGCAGAGGGAAGUCUUGCGCGUUCAUUAUCCGCGUUGAUUAACAACGAAACUAGGGAGAGGUUGUUAGAUUUGACGAUUUUGUGGACCAUGCCAUGGUGCACCGCACAGACUCGUUACUUGAUUUCUGACUAGACUAUUAUUUCGUCUUAGCAAUGGUGAAGUGGUGCAGUUGGUUGGUGGAGAGCUGAUUUUCCCACGGUGAAGAAAAGAGCAGUAUGUGGCAGGGAACAUCCGAUUUCCACCACUAGACUCUUCAACAUGUACUUCUUCCUACUUUGAUCACCAUUAUUGCCCUUUACGAUGGAGUAGAUCUGCCACUUCACUAUCUCCCCCUGCGUCCUGAAGAGCGGGUGCUCCUCGUAAAGCCCCGCGCUCUCUAUGUGCGCCAUGCCGAGUAACGGCCGAGCGGGGAGAUCCGUCUUCUCCAAGCUUCUUUUGCCGUUCAGGAGGCAGCGUCAUGAGCGGGUCAUCUUGGCACGCAGCGAGAGCGUACCCAGUGAACACGUCUUAAAAGUCACCAUCACCGAGACGACGGUGAUCGAGGCCGACUCGGGCGUGUGGAAUUCCAGAUCGCUGGCAUACCUCACCCUGUGGUACUUCUUCAGCUUCUGUACGCUGUUUCUCAACAAGUAUAUCCUGUCCUUGCUGGAGGGAGAGCCGAGCGUACUGGGUGCUGUACAAAUGCUUUCCACCACAGUGAUUGGCUGCGUCAAGAUGUUUGUGCCUUGUUGCCUGUACCAGCACAAAUCCCGUACUGAGUACCCACCCAACUUUCUCAUGAUCAUGCUCUUCGUGGGAUUAAUGAGGUUCACCACUGUGGUAUUGGGGUUGGUUAGCCUGAAAAGUGUAGCAGUGUCAUUUGCUGAGACGGUGAAAAGCUCAGCCCCCAUCUUCACCGUCAUAAUGUCCAGGCUGAUACUAGGGGAAUACACAGGUCUUUGGGUGAACCUGUCUCUAUUCCCAGUAAUGGCCGGUCUGGCUCUGUGUACAGCCACUGAAAUCAGCUUCAACAUGCUGGGCUUCUCUGCUGCUCUCUCCACUAACAUCAUGGACUGCUUACAGAAUGUAUUCUCUAAGAAGCUGCUUAGUGGGGACAAAUAUAAAUUCAGCCCUCCAGAACUGCAGUUCUUCACUAGUGCUGCUGCGGUGCUCAUGCUCAUCCCUGCCUGGGCAUUCCUCAUGGAUAUACAUUUGUUUGGGAAAAGUGGGCGUGGCUUAAACCUGAACCAGGACAUUGUGGUGCUGUUGCUGUUUGACGGAGUCUUGUUUCAUCUGCAGAGCGUCACGGCUUACGCCCUCAUGGGACGCAUAUCACCGGUCACUUUCAGUGUGGCGAGCACGGUGAAGCACGCUCUGUCUAUCUGGCUGAGCAUCAUCGUGUUCAGUAACCCCAUCACACUGUUGUCCGCAGUGGGCACCCUCAUGGUGUUCGUGGGCGUCUUGCUGUACAACAAAGCCAAACAAGUGCAGAGGGACACUCUACAAGCUCUCGCCCAGUCGGCAGAUUCAGACCACAGACCCUUGCUUCAAGAGUCCGACCUGAAAGCAGCUGACUGAAGAUGACACUGACAGAUGAGACUUGAAUCUUACAAGGAUUUUUUUUUUUUGUUUUAUAUUUAUUUCAGUUUUCCAAAAGGUGGAGUAUAAGUAUUAUUCCAGCGGCUCCUCGCAGAGUUACCAUUUUGACGUAUUUGAUACCUCACAUGAGUGCUCGUAAGCUCCGAGGGUCUAAUGAGGAGCAGAUGAUUUGUACAGAAUUCACCAGAAGCAAAAUCUACUUUCGCCAUCUUAAUUUUAUGCUAGUUUUGUGAUAAAUUUCUAGAGCUUCUGUACAUUUACAAAUCAGUUCAGCUUCACCACCUUUUUUUUUUCCUCUUGCAUGUAUACAAUCAUAAGCUCCUAGAGAUGAUCUAGUUAACGUGGUGGAAAUGCAGUGAGGGAACGUUAUCAGGAUCAUGUUGGAAAGUUAGUAUUGGACCAGAGAAUUUGUGGGCGGAGAUAAGAAAAAGUAGAGCUGCUGGUUUUACUAUCCAACUGUGACCAUCGGGGGUUUUUAACCCAAGAAAUAAACUGAUCCAGUGGUAUAUGUUCUUUGUCAUAAAAAUCCUCAUAAUUCACUUCUAAAACUUUUUACUUUUUAACAUCACUCUGCUAAUAUUAGAUGUACCACUAGCAGUAUAGCCUGGUCAUUUAACUUUUCAGAAAAAAAACCCAUAAAAUAAUAUGAAGGGGAAAAUACAGUAGUUUCUUUAAUUUCUUGAACUACUUCUUAAAAUAUGAUUUUGAAAAAAUUGGUCCGUUUUUGUGGCCACUAAUGACUAAGGCUGUUAAAAACACAUUUUGACAUUUUAAAGGACAAAAAAAAAAGAUAGCUGACUUUUAAUAAAUGAUCUAGAAAGCUAUAUUUCCAAUAAAGUACACGUUUCCUAUCAUUACAAGCCCUCGGAAUUAUUGCUGACCCAAAAAUAGAUAGAAAAAUAGUAUAUUUAGGGGCCAAAACAUCCCAGACCAUGACUGACCAAAAGGUUAAAGGCACUUUGACGAACAUCUCUGAUCAGUUUCAUAUCUUCCUAUAUCAUUCCUUUUUACACACUAUAAAGUGCUUUAAAGAAAAAAAAAAGUGCUAUAAUUCACCACAUGUAGUCAAAUUUCUGUAAUAUUUUCUGACUUAAAAUUCAAGCUUUAAAUUUCUUGCUCAGAUAAUUUUGCUUCUUUUUAGAAAUCGGUGCUUGACUAUUAGCGAGGGGAAAAAAGUGCCUGUUCAUAAAAACAAACAAAACACUUAGAUAUUAGGAAAAAGUUUAUAAUAAUCUCUACAUUAUUAUUGGAUAUACCUUUUUUUUUUUUUUUUAAGAUUAAAUCUAGAUGCAGUAUAUACCACCUUAAUUUGCGUAGUUCCUCUACAAGCAGAAAUGACCACUUUGUUGUGCAAUGCAACACAGCAUUAAAUGUUAUAUUACAUGAAUAUAUAUUGAUGUAUUGUUGCAUAUCCCUGUUAUUUUACAUAUGUAUUUUUUUCUGAUUGUAGAGAGAUUUGUUCUUUAGUCCAGUAACACAGUUCUGGUUGUUGUACAGGGAUGAUGCACUGCAUCCAUGAGUAUCAAUGCCGAUAAAUAAGCUUUGUACUGUGAUUCGCCGAGAAACCUCUGCCUUAGGGACGAUUUACGGUUUCUACCUGGUUUAUCUGUCUGUUUUUUUUUCCCCAUCUCUGCCUGGCCAAAUGUCUUUGGUUCAUCGCAGGCAGAUUAUUAAUGAUGGAGAACCUGUGAACAGCCCUGCACUUCUGACAGAACCUGUGUUCCUUAGACUACUGAGUUUCACGCCUGUGUAAUAAUCAGUCUGUCAUCUACUCUCCACUCAACUGAGAGCCUCAGAUUGUUGUCUUUUACUUGAUCUACUUUUACUAGAGAUGUUCUUGUAUGACGCUUAGUGUUCUAAACCUGUGUACUGACAUUUCGAUUUCUACAAUCAGCAGCUUUCUUCAGACGGAUAAUUUUCAUUGAUUUUUUUUUCCCCUUGUAAGCGAACAUAUCAAUAUGACCGUCUUCAUAGCAAAAAAAAAAGUUUGUUUCUAUAUUAAUGACUAAUAAGGUUAAAUUUUUAAUUCUGAACAUGUUUGUUUGUUUUUUCUCGAUUGUACACAUUUGUCUGUCUGUGUGUGUGUGUGUGUGUGUGUAUCGAUGAGGUGUACAGCUGUCAUUUUAAAUUUGGAAGAACAAUGUCUCAUGAAUUUAGUCUUAAAUUCGUAUUAAACAGAAUACAACUUUU